AUGGCCACAAAAAAAGUACGCUACGUAAUUUUCAAAAUCGAGAGUGGCAAUAACACGCUGCUGAAGAUGAGUGAUGCAUCGCUGCUGAAUAUUUUUAGGGACCAGAUGUACGAAAUGUACGGUUCCUUUGGUAUGAUGCACUUUCACAACGUAUGCCUGACAUUAUUUCUGCUGCACAACCAAAUAAUCGUUCUCAAGGUUCCGCGAGCAAUAAAGAAUGAGAUUUGUAGCGCUAUGCAGCAGUGUAAGAGUAUCGCUGGUAGGAAUGUGACGUUUAAUGCCAUCAUGGCCAAGAGUUCGAUUAAACGGGUCAGAGCGUAUUUAAAAGAAAAAUUUGAGAAAGAGGAAAGGCUGAGGGGGCAAAGAUAGCACAGCAUGUAGAACUAUGGUUCAUUACUAUCAUACUGAGAGUGCUGGCAAUGUCUACGGAAUUGCACGUCUAGAAAGGACAAUUAUGUGUGGCUGAUCCGAUAACAAAGCGAUCGUUGCACAAAUAACGCUUUCAUAGACUAAACAUCAUUUUUAU